AUGUCACGUAAUUCCGCCGCAGGCUUGGAGAAUACGCUUUUCCAACUAAAGUUUACCUCAAAACAACUGCAAAAGCAAGCAAAUAAGGCGUCGAAGGAGGAGAAACAAGAAACCAACAAACUUAAACGUGCUCUCAACGAAAAUGAGGAGAUCUCCCGUAUAUACGCGUCCAAUGCUAUAAGGAAGAAAAACGAGCGGUUACAGCUACUGAAACUGGCAUCCAGAGUGGAUUCUGUCGCAUCAAGAGUGCAAACCGCCGUCACAAUGAGACAGGUGUCCGCAUCCAUGGGGCAAGUUUGCAAAGGCAUGGACAAGGCGUUGCAGAAUAUGAACCUACAACAAAUCACCAUGAUAAUGGACAAGUUCGAACAGCAGUUCGAAGACCUGGAUACGAGUAUCAAUGUGUAUGAGGAUAUGGGCGUCAAUUCGGAUGCUAUGCUAGUAGAUAAUGAUAAGGUGGAUGAACUGAUGGGCAAAGUGGCUGAUGAGAACGGCAUGGAAUUGAAACAGAGCGCAAAGUUGGAUAACGUUCCAGAGAUCAAACCGAACGAGAUCAACGUCGAUGAAGAAAAGGAAGAUAAACUGGCUCAAAGGUUAAGAGCAUUGAGAGGUUGA